GGUCACACAAAAGCAAGUCGCGACGGAUGCCAAUCGUGGAAGCUGGGUCCAAUUUCAUGAAGUGCCGCGAAUACGUCGACGUGGCUGUUUCUAUCGUUCAGGAUGCCAUCGACCACCGAGAAGACUGGAUAGACGACGCGCGGCACGAUGACAGGGGGUGGAAACUGACCGUGAACAAGCGCAACAUGCAAGUGUUUCGGCACAAGAGUAGCCCCGCCCUACUUCCUUCCGAGAGUGCCGCUACCAUGCACAGCCAAUACCGUCAACCAUCCCCUCACGGAAGCUCUUCGACUAGCAGCAAUUCCGCGUCGUCGUGCACGUUUCUCACCGUGGGCUACCUCACCACAACUAUCGACGAGCUCCACACCGCGCUGUACGCCACAACGUCCGUCGACGAUCAAGUCAUGCAUUCGCUUCUCCUUGAAAAGGAGUUUAUGACGUCGCAUGUGCUUCAAUCGCUCACGGAAACGGCCCCACCGUCGCUGGACCCCCACCUUCCUGACUUUUGCGGCAUCAAGUACAUCAAAAUGCGCAGCCGAUUUGGCAUGCAUCCUCGCGAAGCAGUGUACUUGGAGUACCUAACCCUGCGCGAAGACAACACCCUCGUCAAGGUCGUUUACUCUGUCAACAACUACCUUCCUCUCCACAAAGAUCACCAUCGCGCCGUGCUCCGAGACGUGUGGCUGUUCAUGCCUGCGCCCAACGGCAAGAUUCAAGUCGUGGCCAAAACGUUUCACGACAUGCCCGGGUCCAAGCUCCUCAACACGGACCAGUCCGCGCUCAGUUUUUGGUGCAUCUACGAUAAGCUCACGUCGCUGUCGUACAUUCGCCGCCUCUUGUCGUCCACGGGGGCCUUGGGCGGACGCAACUCCGUGUCAGAGCUCGCGCGAUCGCUGCCGGCCACUCUGGAGUCAUUUCAGCGUGCGGCCAACGGUCAUCCCAGCAAUGUGAGGUCACACUGCCAAUGUUGUCGGCGGAAAUUCACGCUCUUUCACGGCAAACGGUUCACGUGCGCGCAGUGCGACAUGACAAUGUGCUCCAACUGCCAUCUGCGUGUGGUGUACGCUGUCCAGGCAUCGCUGGACCCGACCCCACUGGACCAGCUGCAUGCUACCGCCAUGACCGUCCACAACAAUGUCAUUUGCCUAGUCUGUGUCCACCGCAGCAAAGAAACGUUUUCAGAUUUCAUCAAAGUCAAGGCGCCCGAGAUCGACGACGAUGCGUGGGAAGCCGCCCAAGGGAACAACGUGGGGGGGCGAUUCCACACGUCGUCGCAUGCGACGUUCAAAGACGCCACAGUGUCGUCGUACUCGACCGAGGGUAUGCGGACACCGCCCCCCCUCACCCACCACUUCCACACAGCCCCCCAUCCCCAUUCGAGGGCGGGGUCGCUGCCGGCGUCCGCGGCUGGAACUACCCACCGAGAAAACGACGAUGUGUUUCAGGAAAUGCGCAAGUCGAUUGCGAUCCAGGAAAGCAUCUUGUCGGCCAUGCGCGCGAGUUGGCAUGGGCACACGGAGCAGGAACAGUAUGUCCAGCAGCAGCCCCAUCAACGGCCGUCAGAAUUCACAUUUGACCGGGACAGUGACCGGUUUGAAGAGGUGGUCGAGUAGCUCGAACGCACCACCUUACUGUAGAUACCAUACACAGUUGAACAUGCACAAUAACUUGCCCAGCAAGUACACUUUGAAGUACACGACAUGCGACAUUGCGAUUAAUCACAGAUGAUACCUC